AUGAAUAGUAAAGAAGGAAAAGAUACCUCAAUUACAACAAAUUUGUAAGAAAGAAAAUUAGAUGAGUAAAUAGCAUAAAUAGAAAAUGAAAAUUCUCUGUUAGUUUAAUUAGAAAAUCAAAUAAAUGUGGAAAGCGAAAAGCUAAACGUAGAAAAAAAAGCACUUCAAGAAAAGAUUAAACAACUUCAAGAAUAGAAGAAAGAAAGAGAAUAAAAGCUUAAAAAGAAUAAUAUGUAUUGA